AUGUGUAGAUCUGAAGCGUACAACUUUAACAAACUGAACAGUAAAAAGCAACCUUCCUAUCUUGGAGCAGCCAUGACAACGAGUGUCCUAGAGAGAGAAGAAGAAAGCAAGCAUGACUCAUCCAGCGGAACUGACCCAGAUAUUAUCACCGGCAUCCUCCCAGACACAGAUACUACCAACGCAGAUGACCUCAUCCUCCAAGCAAACGGCCACAAGCCCCAGCUCCGCCGGCAGUUUAACUGGCUGUCAGCCCUGGGCCUCGGCUUCUCCAUCACAAACUCAUGGGUGGGGUACUUGAGCAACUUUGGCCAGAACAUGAAAUAUGGUGGUCCGCGCCUUGUCAUCGUCGGGCUGUUACUCGCCUUUAUCGCACAGUCAAUUAUCAGCAUCGGCCUUGCGGAGAUUGGGUCUGCGUUUCCGUCGUCCGGCGGCCAGUAUCAUUUUUGCUUCUUGCUGGCCCCGCGCAGAUCUAGGAGGUUUGCGGCGUAUGUCAUCGGGUGGAUGUCCGUUGUUGCGUGGUGGGUUACGACUAAUCCCUGUCUUCGUCGCAUCCAAGAAGAUCUCAGUUAUCUGCCAGAUCACCUUGCUUCUGUCUAUCGUCGGCGUAGCAAUGACGCUUUUCGUUCCUACCGGACUGAUGAUGGCCAAAUAGCCCUCCACAUCGCCGAAGAAAUGCAGCACCCCGGCCGCCGUGUGCCGCAGAUUAUUAUCACGACGCUGAUGAUCGGUCUGGCAACGACUUUGCCGCUUUUCAUAGCACUACUGCUGUUUUCAAGUGAUACAGUGGAGAUCAUGGACUCCCCUCUUCCAAGCGCAGAGCUUAUCCAUCAGGCGACUGGCAGUAGGACAGGCACAAUGUUUCUCAUUAUAUGGAUUCUAAUCGUCUAUAUCUCAUGCCUACCUUCCCAAUGGGUAACCAGCGGCCGACUUGCCUGGGCUUUUGCACGAGAUAACGGCACCCCCUUUCCUCGCUACUUCAGUGCCAUCAGUCCUACAUUUCAAUUCCCCGUCCGCACUACGACAGCCGCAUUUGUCUUCGUCCUGCUCUAUGGGCUGCUCUACCUAGCUUCCACAACGGCCUUCAACUCAAUAAUCACCUCUGCAGUGCUGUUUCUGAAUAUCACGUAUGCGGUACCGCAGGGAAUUCUUUUGCUCCAGCGAGCACGAUCACUGCUCACCAGCAGCUCAAAGACGAAUACGGAUAUGAGCAUUCUUCCUCCCAGGUACCUGAGUCUUGGGCCCCUUCUCGGUUCACUCUGCAACGCCUUCUCAAUCCUGUGGAUUAUUGUCCUGGGUGUAUUCGUUUGCCUCCCGCCUGAGAUUCCGGUGAACCUUGCGUCGGCAAAUUAUACGCCUGCUGUUGCAGUCGGAAUCUUUGGCCUUAUUUUGCUGUUUUGGGGGCUUGGUGGGAGGAAGAUGUUUGAAGGGCCGCAGGUUGAUUGGGAGGGGUUGGAGUUAGGGUUGAGGGUGAGGGUGGGCAAGCUGGCAUGUUUGUCCUUUCCUCGAUUUGUUUCUGGCGGUCAUGUUUGA